AGGAACCAUUAACUGAUGCACCACCGGAAACACAUGGGGGAACCAUUAACUGAUGCACCACCGGAAACACAUGUGAACAGUGUCAGUGUGGCAGCUAGUAUCACUAUAACACUGUGUGUACAUGGGGAGAACGAAUAGAUAGGGAAUCUGGAAACACGAGGGAAGAUAUAACCGGACGGACCAGUGUGCAGACUGUUAUUACUGGGGUGAGCAUACAAGGUGUGUAUAUAAUAUUAAUAUUUCAGUAUCAGACAGACAGCUUCAUAGCUCUCAAUACACACACACAUAGUAGGAAAUCACUAGGCAGCCUUGUGUAUCUUAGUGUUAAAAGAGCUGUGAAUUUAAAGCAUUAAAAACACAAUGAUAAAAUACAAUUUAUUAUACUCUCAAUUUCUGUCAUUGGCUGACAUUCUAGAACUUCUGCAUGGACAAGGAAGUUUCUCUAAGUGUUCUGCCCAUACCAGCCCUACUAGUCCUGAUUUAAGUGGAAGCAUUGUACAUGUUUAAUAAAUCUCUAUCCAAUAGAAGUUGCAAAUAACUUUCUUUUAGUGAAAAGAUAAUAAAAACCUACUUGUGGUUACACUUGUGUGAGGCAAGUGUACUGUUCAGGUCAUCUCAUAGAGAGCCUGUGCAAGUCAUUUAGAAAAGGCAUGCUGGUGUUAUGCUAAAUAUUAGAUUGCCAUUUAAUAUGCACUCUAAGCAACACAACCUCUACAGCAUAGUGUAGCAAGAGUUCUCUGGCACCUUACUACCAAUAAAUCAAUUAAUGAAACUUACGUGGUCCUGCUGUCUGGCCUUUAUUUGCAAUUAUUGCUACGGUAGAAGUUCUCAAAGGGGCUAAAUCCAUCUCCUGAUGCAAACAUAAUUAUUUAUGGUUACCCAUGUGAAUUUGUGCAUCUUGAUAAUGCACUGCAAGAGUAAUUUAGGUUUAAGUAAAGUAUUGUUAUACUUGUCUUGUACAGGAGUGCUGACUACUGUAACAAUCAUGGAUUCUCAGCACCAAGAAAAUGAUGAUGCCAUGGAUGCAUUUAUGGACAAGUUUAAAGCCCAGAAGUACAAAGGGGCAUUCAAUGAGGAAAGCUGGGAGGAGGUAAUAUAUGCAUAUACCCUUAGCACUAGUGGCUAACUGUGCUGGGUUAAAUUUGAUGAAAAAUGGAACGUAUAUGAUAUUUCAUACCAUGUCUCAUUAACAUAAUUUGUAACAUGUCAAAAACUUAAUUUUAAGGAAUUUGAAAAGAUUCCAAUGUUCAUGAAGAAUGCUCCAUCUGAAAUUAAUCCAGAGAAAACCCCGGAGCUGGCUUGUCUACAGUCCAUCCUGUUUGACAGUGAUCGGUCCCCAGAAGGUAUUGUGAUGGAAAUAUUGACGGUAUUAAUUCUCCCAACAGACACCUGGGUUUGCAAAGGUUAUUCUUAUCCUCGGAAGGUUGUUGAGUAUUGGACUACUACACCUAUCAUUUUCUGCCAGUUAGUUAUGGAUGUUGUAGUCCAACAACAGCACAGAGUCCAGGACUUGACCCCUAUAUUUAGAAUAUAAUCUCUAAGUGCAGAUGUGCACUGUGCAGAAUUGUUCCAAAAUAGAUUUCUGGUGGGUUUUAAAGUUUGGCUUCUCACACUAAUGGCCAAUAAACUAAACUUUGAAUGUGAUGAUUAGAUUGCGGUCCCAGUUGGUGAGGGAUUUCAGGGAGUUUUGACAAUGAGUUGGUCUGAGUUUGUGUUUGUAAUCAUCUUUGGGUAUACAUGGUCUAAAACCAAUGAACUCCUUCUCAAUAUCUCUGUUUCAUUUUUUUGUACUCGUGUGCUUGGGGGUUUGGAUGAUGAUAAUUAUUUACGAUAUAAUUACACAAGUCACAAUGUUUUGAUCCUCUCUUACUGUCUUUACUUUGUAGAACAAGCUAAGUCUUAUAAAGAUGAAGGCAAUGAAUACUUUAAAGAAAAAGAUUACAAGAAAGCUAUUAACUCAUACACCGAGGGCUUAAAGAAGAAAUGCAAGGACCCUGAGCUGAAUGCCAUACUGUACACCAACAGGGCAGCCGCGCAAUUUUAUUUAGGUAAGAGGAGGCAAGUGCAGAAUCACUGCUACUAAGUAAAUGUUGAGAGAUUGAUUGCAUAUGUCUGAGGAUUCUAUGUCAGAAAGUAGAUCUGAAUCCUGUACAUGCUUCUCAGUGAUACCAUAUAUUGUAAACCGUUUCCUUCUUGUUAUGCUAUAGCAGGGAGACUGAUUGAAACUCUUUCAGUGCCAGAGAGAUCUGCAACGCAUUAACACUCAUUAAACCAUUAAUUAUAGUAAAUUAAAAACCAAGUUGCAUAAUAAUGGAUAAAAAAAUUCAAGUUGUGGCUAAGUGGAGUAGUUUUAUUUAUUUAUUUUUAAAGGAACACUAGUGUCAGCAAUACAAAUGUGUAUUUCUGACGCUAUAGGACUAAACACCUGUUCUCCCCCAGAUUAAAAAGGUGAUUUACGCACCUUUUUCCAGCACCGAGCGGGUACGGUUACUGCUGGCUCACACCCUUAGCUGAGAUCAUCUAACAAAAGUCCUCUUUUAAGAAUAAAUUAAAAUAAAAGUUUUAUUAUGUGUGUGUUUACUUUACUCCUCAACUGUUGUUGUUGGGGUUUUACAGUGUCUUUCCAGUAUCUGGACAUGAACUGACCAGUGCUAGGUCUUGUAGUUUCUCAUUGCUUUGCAUGUUUGUCCCCAGCUCUCUUUGUGCUGCUCUAUGUGCUGUUCUGACUGUGACAGGCAGAGGUAAUCACUGGAGUGUGAAUUGUCAUGAAUUCAAAGUUAAUUUCAGCUAUUUUACCCAAAUAGCCAAGACUAUUAAUUUCCCCACACAUUUAGGAAUUCAAAUAUAUAUUUGCAAUUUCCUUACCAGCGUUCAUACCUGCCGUGUUCUCUGGAAGGUUUUACUGGUGCCUCAUACUCUUUCUGGAGAACUGUACGUGACUUCUCUUUAUUUGACAGGUAAUAAUCGCUCUGCUCUCACUGAUGCCAUUGCAGCAAGAAAACUGAAACCAGACCACUUAAAAGCAUUGAUACGAGGUAAGAAAAAAAGUUAGCGUGUGCCUGGAAAUAUUAAAAGAAUACUUUAAGCACCAAAACAACUUUAGUGUAGCAAAGGUUUUCUUUGUGUGUAGAUCGUGGCUUACAGUCUCACUGCUCAAUUCCCUGCCAUUAAGUCAGUUACAAUUUGAGGUCCAUCAAGUGUGUGGAGUGGGAGGGCUUGCACUUUUUUUUUUAUUAUUAUUAUUAUUUAAAAAAAAAAAGAAAACAGUUUUACUUCUCUAAUGUCACAUUGUGAGUAGCUAGAUGUGUGUCUGGUAAUUGGCAUUGUGGGUAUAAGUCUGUUUGCUUGAUGAUGCAGCACAGUGCUGUAAAGCUAAAUCUGAAAGUUUUAUUUUUUUGUGACUACCCCAGGGGACUGUAUAGUUCACUAGACGUAGGCACACCUUAAAAAUAAUAAUAAUCAAUAAAAUUAGGCAAAUGUAUCCUGUAAUUAGCAAAUAUUUGUAACUUUAAUUAGCACUUCUUCUAGGUCUGAUCACCUUUUUUUAAUUACUACUUUCUUUGCGAUAUGUUUACCAUUGAAUACUUGCUUUACUGGAUACCAAAUACAAACAAGCCAGACUUGGUAAAGGAGACCAGAGCUUGACGUGUCUUGUUCCAAACCGUGCAUAAUUAUAGGUUUAGUGAGUAUGUUUCAUUGAUUACUGCAGCCAUUCACCUCUGUUCACUUACAGGAGCUUUAUGCUACAUAGAAAUAAAGAAUUACCCAGAGGCUCUGAACUGGUGUGAGGAGGGACUAAAGAUAAAUCCAACUGAAAAAAAAUUAUUGGAAACCAGAACAAAAGCUGAUAAACUGCAGGUGAGAGGUCAUCACGUUAACAUAAAGCAAGCAUUAAAAGGCCACUACAUUUAUUUGAUUGGACACGCUAUCGUUGAGCACAUGCACCUUGUCCCCCAAUGCUCCUCAAUGAGGAAGAGUUACCCAUAAAUAUUCUUGCAAAAUAAAACCUUUUGUAUAUAAUGUCUAGCAGAAACAGAUGGAAAAAGGCAACACGUGGAACUCCUACAAACUUAAGUUUUUUUUAAUGUGGACCUAACACCUAACCCAGUGGACCAGAGUCAUGUGUAAUUUAUGGUAUUUUUCAGAGAGCUGCGGAACGAGAUGCUAGAAAAAUGCAACAUGCAGAGAAAAAAAAGCAAUCCCAGAAGGAGUCUCUGUUUGCUGCACUGAGGGUGAGUGUCUUACACAGGAAGGCUGUCACUAGCCACAGCUCAAAGGUUAGAGCUGAAAUUUAAUUAACUCCCUGGCUCUAAUCCCAAGAAAAGGACAUCAAAUAUAACACCGGGAAGGUAUUAAAGACUGGCUCAGUUGGUCACAAUCCCCAGAUACUUAUUUACUUUAAAAAGUUGCCAGAGAAGACUUACAUUACAUGUCUGUGGGCUCGUGCAUAACGUGUAUUUGUUUAGUGAGGAAAUGUGGGAUUGAAUACUUUUGGUGGCUGUUUUGUGUGGACAACUAAGAUAAUGGAGGCUUAUUUUGAAACCUGUUACAUUUAUAGUUGAAGGCCACAAGUAUGAAAAAGGGUAAAUUUUAAUAGUUUUUGUUUGUUUUUUUGCUGCAUUGCACUACAGGACAGAGGGAUACAGUUAUAUAAGCAGAAUCCUGGCGAGGAAGAGCGAUCGGAACUGUCGCAUGAUGGCAUCAGCUCUGAAAAUGCCAUGGGAGCGGAAGUAUUUCUGGAUGAGAAUGGUAGCCUGAACUGGCCGGUGCUUUUCUUUUACCCGGAGCACACACAGACAGACUUUAUAUCUGCUUUUCAUGAGGGCACCAGGUAGUGUGGAGAUGAAGCUUCUAUUCUUCCUUCAGUAAAUUAUAUGUGAUUCUCAAACUAGUGUGCCAUGAACCAUGAUUCUAAUUAUCCAGCUCAACUGGGAAUUUGGAUGUGGCCUAGACCAUUUGUGAAUUUGGAUAGUUGCACUCCUAAUUUCCCAACACAGAGCAGUUGAUGACUCUUUAUCUUUGCAGGCAGGAGUAAAGUGUGUAAAUCCCCAUUGUGGUUAAACCAGGUAUUGUAGCUGUAAGAGUAAUCUUAAAACUUCAAUUGUUGUAAGCAUUGAGGGCUGAAAUGUUUAAAUCAUUGCCUUAAGUCCUUAACAAUAUCAGGAGGUAAUGAAAAGAAGAUAAACAUAGCUUAAUUUUAGUCUUCCUCAUUUUCUCCAUUUUACUAUAGGAUAUAGGAAUAUAUUCCUCCGGGAAAAAUACAAAUCGAUUAAGACACACAGAGUUGUAUAGAAGCUGAUCAGAUAAAGAGUAUUUUUGUUGAUGGAGCCACUUUAAUUUGGAGUCUAAAGCUAGGGGUUAAAAAAAACAAAACACUUCUCUAUAAGUUCUGGAUAAAAGUUUCACAUGAUGGUAAAAACGUAGAUUGCUGCUAUGUAGUGAUAAUAUUUUUUUUCCACAUACAGCAGUUUUGGAAUAUUGAUAUCAUGAUAACCCUCAUAUGCAGAGAUGAGCUGCAAGAAUUUAUACAACUCAAAGUUCUAUAAAUACACAAAAACAAGUCCUGCGCUCAGACUCCCACUACUCCUGGGCGACCGCAAUGACCAUAGUACACAUAAUCCCCAAUACAUACACUAAAAACCAAGAAAAGCGUUACUUGCGUACUAUCCCAAAUUCCUAUGCAUAUUUAAAUAACUGAAGGUUUUUAGUAUCACUCCAAUCAAUGCAACUUUUACUUCCUCACUUUUAGCACCACCAAAUAGCUAACUGUUGGUUGUGCUAAAAAGUAAAAAAAAAAAUACUUAUCUAUUAUAUUUUUAACUUGCCUACCUCUCUGUUCGAGGCUGGUCAAAUAUUCGAUAACUCUCAUGUACAGUACUGAGAAUUCCAAAUGUGCGAGGGCGUGUGCGUUCGCCAUCUAUUUGUGAAAUGCCCAAAGCACAUACUUGAAACAUUUUGGGAUGUAGAGUUAUGUAAGUGUUUAUUUACCUUUGCUUUUCUCUUUACCUCAGUAAUUCUAAAUUAGCAUUUACUGGGGUGAAGGAUCUAUGCACUGUAAGCUCACAUCGGUUGCAGUGUAUGUUAGGUUUGUAGUUUUAUAUUGUUUACUGUCUUAGAUUCUCUCUCUUCUUGUGUUUGUUUUCUUUCUAGAUUUAUUGAUCAUCUGAAUGAAAUGUUUAAUGAAGAUUUACCUCCCUGGGACACUGAGAGAAAGUAUCAAGCUCAGAAUCUUGUGGUUAGUAGAAUAGAUGUGGUUGUAAUGUUAAACGGUUACUCCAGACACCUGGAUUACAUCCGUGCAUAGUGAAGCAGCACUGUCUCUUGUUCACUUGCACAAUGUUGCUGGUGAGCGAACCGUAAAUAUGUAUACAUAACGAAUCUAAGCACCCUGCAAGGCCUUACUAUCCCCAGUGUCCUAAGCAGUGUUCUCUCAUACUUACGAGCAAGUGCAGAGUAGCUUAAGUCCUAUAUAUGUUCCUUUUUAUUUAAUUUUUUUUUUACAUUCUUUAUUUUUGUUUUGUAGACAUAUGAACAAGAGAGACAGCACACAGGCUGUAAACAUAGUAUAAUUCUGUACUGAGAAAUGGAACAUUUACUGAGGUAAAACAUAGGUUGUGUGCCUCAUAUCGGGGUCACCAAGGAAGGUGAUCUAGCGUGAGCAGGGGAACUCGUGCAUUACCAUACCGUUAAGGAUGGAAAUCCUCUGUAGAGGUAGUUAUGGGGAGUGCUGUACUUUCUGAGCUAAAACAUAUUCGAUUGAAAACUACACUGUAGCAGUGCCUAUCGCCCCCAUUAGGUGCACGAUAAUGGUGAAGGCUUUGUGCCUCUUAUCUGAGUUGGAGAUUCUUAAGGAGUUUGCGCCUAAAGUACAAGCCAAGAGGCUGACACCCACUUCACUGAGUGUCAACAGUAAUAAUUGAACCUAGGGUUUGUAGGUGGUGGGGGUGGGAGAUAAACCCCCCAUGCCAGCAGGAAAUGGUGGUUUUUGUUUUGUACAUGUUUCUCGGUACACUUAUGUCUGUAUAUGUUACUUUUGCUAGUAAUAUGAUGACAGUAACAAGACAGGGGCACUUUUGUUGGUUUAUAUAACAGCCAUUUCAGAUGUCCUCGACAUUGCGACUUGGUAGUAUGACAUUCAAAGUUCUCUUUGAAGUUCAUGGCAUUUCCUUUACAAUAACAGUAGGAGACACAGGUUAUCUUCCUAGGAAAAUGUGUGUUGGUGUUAUCAGUGCUCAGCAUUCCCACUAGCCCUGGUGAGUGUGCCAUAGACCAGUGCUCCUCAAACCUCUCCUCAAGGUACACUUAACAGUCCAGGAUUUAGGGAUUACCCAGGUGUGUCUAAGGUGUUUGAAAAAUAAAAUAAAAUAACACCUUAGACACACCCGGGUAAUCCCUAAAUCCUGGACUGGGAUUGUCUUGAGGAGCGCUGCCCUAGACCCUCCAGGCUUGCACUUCCGACUAACUUUGUAAAUUCUGGCUAGUAGCGUAGGACAAAACAUUUUAAGCCUUGGUGUAAUAGUUAGAUCAUGUUUAAUUUUGCUGAAUACAGUUUCUUGCAGAUUGUGUAACUUUUACACAGCAUAGUGGUACAUGGGAUGCAAAACUUUGAAUGCAUUUGAAAUCUGCAAAUCACAAACCAAAUGAAAACACUUUGUAGAAUCUGUAGUAACUGCACAUGGUCACCAGAGGUCACUGUGAUCUACUGUAUUUUACCCCUUAAGGACAGAGCUUCAGAAGCUUGUCUUUCACUUAAUGACAACAGCAUUUUUUGAAGUUUACGUUCAACUGCAAUUUGCACUUUACUAAUUUAUUGCACCGACACAUAUUAUAUACCGUUUUUUAAAGGACAGAAAGGGCUUUAAUUUGAUGUAACAUAUAUAUAUAUAUAUAAAUGCUUAUUUAUCAUAAAAAAAAAUACAGAAAAAUGCAAAACAAAUUACAAAUUUUUUUUUUUUUUUUUUUGUUACAGUUUUUGCAAUAAUAAUGUGUGCACAAUUAGUGCAGGUUAAUGAAAGUAAUUAAAAAUAAAUCAAUUUAGUUGUUCUGAUUUACAGAAUAUAUAAUGUGUCUGUGAUUUUGUUUUUUUUGGUAGUUACAGGUCACAAAGCACAAGGAGUAAAAUAAACUUUUAAUGUGGAGCGAUUUUAGAAUUUGAUAUGUUUGUCUUGUAAGCUUAAUAACCAUAAAAGAAAACAAAAUUGCCACACAAAAGUAUAUAUUUAUAUAAAGUAGACAUCACGGGCUAUUUACCUAAGGUUGUUUUGACACUUUCUACGUAGCCAUUUCACCGCCAACCUCUGCUAAAUAUUGGAGUAAAAUUGUGUUGUUUUUGGGGGGGUUUUGGCACACAAACUUAUAACAAAGAAAUUCUCAUGUGUAUUUUGUAAAGUUGGUGUGUGCUAUUCCUGUACAAAGUUUUCUUUUGUGUUCAGUUACAUCUGCUGAGUAAAAAGACACCCCCAAUGAAUGUCUUUUGCACUAUUUCGUGAAGCUACAGUGCCAUAUAGGAGACCAAGCCAUAUCAGUUUUUACCGAAUUUUGACGCUGGGCCUAUGUGCAAUUUCCAAGCAUCUUCGCAGGUUUUAAAUUCAAACUACCCCACAAAGGCCUACCAUUUCUUAAACUAGACACCCCACGGUAUUUCAAAAGGUAUAUUUUUAACCUUAGCGUGGGAUCAUUUUUCCGCUAGCUUGUUCCAGGUGUAGUGGUAAUAAGCGUUUUUUCUGCCUUUUUAACACACAAAGUGAGUUUGCACAGUAUAUUUUGCAAACCUUAUGUGUGCUACCACUGUAUAAUACUUCAUAUGUUGCUCAGCUAUGUCGGCUGAGUACAUCAAUAUGUACCUUUGCCAGGUAUAUGUGGACAUUGGAGGUGCACAUUUGGGACACAGCCAUUCCAGUUUUUUUUCAAACUUUAAAUUUUUACGCUGUGCCCAUGUCCCAUUUUAGAGUAUUUUACCAGGCUAUAUAAUCCAAAUACCCCAUAAAGCCAUACCAUUUCUUAAAGUAGACACCCCAGGGUAUUUCAAAAGGUAUAUUUUUUUUUUUUUUAAUUCUUUAUUUUUCGUGCAUAGAUUAUUCAUGUAACAGUUUUCUAGCGAUGCCACAACAGCUGUCGCCAGGGUUUGAGUAGACAUGUAAAUACAAUUGUAUGGCAGGAAUGACUUUGCACAUUUUUAUAUAUAUAUAUGAGAAGAGUGGUUAGUGGUAUAGCACUGUUCCAGCGUGAGUGUGAGAGAUUAUGUUCAGAUAGAGACCUUCAGGUUAGGGAGCAGGGGCUAGUGUGCGUGUUAACCAUCAGGUUAGAUUUUUGUUAGGUAUAUACAUGCGUUUAAGUGUUAUCAGCCCUGGCCGCAGGACAGAGCAGUGCCUGUCCAAACUUUGGGCUGGUUUUGCUUUGAAAAUCACACUGCCCAGUCGCCUCAUUCUAGGUGUACGUGUCCCGUGUUUCAUCUACACUUGGUUAAAUCUAUGCUUCAGUCGACACCUAGCGCGACCCAACCGAACUUAGCGGCAGCAAUUUGGAGAGUAGCCAGCCAUCCCGCGCAUCCCACCCCCAGCAAUCCCAUGAAUACUAGAUUGUUUGCUCAUGGAUAGUUAUGGGACAGGAGUGUUGCGGGCAAGCUGGCCCCCCCAAAUCACGUAUGCCACCCAGUCCAGGCUGCGAACUAUGUGCUCCAGACUUAUUUUGCGUAAGACUUAUAACUUAUUUUUAGUUUCAGAGUGCUAGAUCUAUCUGUGGUGUUAUCAAGUGGUCUGUGGUGUCAGUCGGUUAGUCGUGAGAGUAUCUUGUCAGGGGGCCUUAUCCGUGGUCCGUUUGAGUUACUCUCGAGGGGUAGUAGCCCUAACCUAGGGGCUGUCGGGGGGGGAUUUCUGUUCUGUAUGGUAGUGCAUAUUCCUUUAGUGCACUGGUAUUCCAGCGCCGUCCCUGACAGGCUCACAGCGCGUCAUAUGGGUGUUAGAGCGUCAGAUUAACUUGCUCAUUAUCAACAAAGCUUAAGUGGCUGAAGGUGAAAGGGUAUAUGAGAGAAACACAAGAAAAUACAUUUUGCCGUUUUUAGCCUUUGAGCGGGAUGGGGUAGGAGACUUCUCCCCUCAUUCCCGUCAUGUGGCGUGAGUGUCCCUUCUCCGUGUCCUCGGGGUGAACGGCUCUAUCGUCUCCGGGUCCCAGGCAUGGGUAGCGUUCUGGGCGUGCUCGGUCAGCAGGCCCAAUUUUGGUGGUAGCGCGGCAGCAUCAGGUCCUGUAGCGAUUUUGUACGUGUUUCCUCGGUGUGUAACCAGGAGGUGGCGUGGGUUUCCCCACCGAUAUGAUACGCCCGCGGAACGUAGCUGGCUGGUGAAGUCACUGAGGGUUCUUCUCCAUUGGAGAGUGGCUCUGGUUAAGUCCUGGUAAAAAGUCAGUUGAGACUCCUCGAAGUUGAGCGGUGUCUUGCCCUUGAGUGCCGACAUUAUGUGCCCCCUAUCCUGGGGAAGGAUGCAGCGGACUAUGACGUCUCCUGCUAGGAGUGUAGAUGCCCUUGUUGGGGUGGGUAGUCGGUAUAUUCCGGCAAAGGUGAGUUUCUUUGCCACCGCAGGAGGAAGUAUAGCUUGCGUGAGCCGUCUCACGUAGUGAGGUAGGUCCUCUUUGGAGACUGUGACAGGGAUACCUCGGAUUUUUAUGUUGUUGCGUCUGUGUUUGUCUUCUUGGGCUGCUAGUUGAACCUCGAAGUUUUGUUGAUUGUGUUGUAGUUGUGUGAGGGAGUCUUGCAGCGAGGUGAUUUCUUUUUGGAUCCCCUGCACUUCUCUCUCAGUGUGUACUACUUUUUCAGUGAUUUGUUGCAUGCUUGUUUUAAGGGCAGGUAAAUCUGCAGCCAGCAGGCUUUGGAUUUCUUGCAGCAUAAUUUGCAUAUGCUGCAGGUCCUGUUUAGUGGCCGGUUCAGUGGUACCCUGCUGGGGUGUGGGUUGUAGCCUUGGAACCCCCUGUGUGCUUUGCUCCCUUAAGUCAGAUUCUAGUGGGGAGUCUGGGCCUUGUGCGGCCGCCAUUUUGGCGGGUGUUUGCCUCUGGAGCAUUGUGCUUAUAUCAGGCUGAGCUGUACCUGGUUGAGGUUUCUGGGAUCUGCGUCCAAUCCCUGAGAUUCCGUGUUCGGAGUUGUGCUGGGAUGUGUCCCACUCGUCUUCUAGGAAGUCCCCGCCGAACAGGUAAUCCAGGCCGUGGUGGGCUGAUGGAAGGUAGGCCCGUGCUCUGUGUUUUGACUUUGCCUGCUUCGGGGUGUACCAGAAGGGCAUCGGAAGAAUCCGGGGGAUCUCCCCCGUGCUAUGCCGGUGUUCUUGCGGCUGGAUGUCAGGGCUGCGGGCUGAUAUUGAGCGGAUUCGGUCCGUAGAUGUCGGAGCCCGCAGAAAUGGCGUCCAGCCCGUUUCGUGUCCAGGCUCCGCCCCCCCCUCCAAAAGGUAUAUUUUUAACCUUAGCGUGGGAUCAUUUUUCCGCUAGCUUGUACCGGGUGUAGUGGUAAUAAGAGUUUUUUCUGCCUUUUUGACAUACAAAGUGAAUUUGCACAGUAUAUUUUGCAAACCUUAUGUGUGCUACGACUGUAUAAUACUUCAUAUAUUGCUCAGCUAUGUGGUCUGAGUACAGCAAUACCCCCGUAUGUACCUUUGCCAGGUAUAUGUGGAUGUUGAAGGGGCACAUUUGAGACGCAGCCAUUCAGUUUUUUUGUAACUUUGAAGUUUUACGCUGUGUCCAUGUUCCAAUUUGGAGUAGUUUAGAUGGUUGGUUAUUGAAACUUCCCCACAAACACAUACUAUUUAUUAAAGAAUACACCCUGGGGUAAUUCAAAAGGCAUAUUUUGAACCUUGGCGUGGGAUAAUUUUUUCUCUAGUUUGUUCCAGGUGUAGUGGUAAUGAGCGUUUUUUAAAUGUAUUUUUUUACUUUUUUAAACUUUUUUUACUUUUUAAAACUAGUUUUUAAACUUUUUUGUUUUGCUUAUUAAUUUUUUUAACUUUCUUAAAACUUGCCACACAAAAGUAUAUAUUUUUUUUUUACAGAUUUAACAUUUUUCUAAGCUUUUUUUUUUUUUAACCAUUAACCCCUAACUAGCAGUAAGCAGCACUAACAGUAAAUUCCCCAUUUUCCCAUAACUCCCACCUACCCCAGCUAGCAAAAUAUAUAAUUAUAAAAUAUUUAAAUUAGUUAAUUAAAUAAAUUGAACCCCUGAGGGUUAAAAAAUUAAAUAAAAGUUAAUCGUCAGGGGUUAAAAAAAAAUUAGAUCACAGUAUAAUACUAUAAUCACUGUAGGCAUUGAUCGACUGGCAGGGAAGGGGUUUAUUUUUAUUUGGACUGGCUAAAGGGGGGUGUUUUUUUUUUUUGUUUGUUUUUUUUUUUACCUAAACGUUAUUAACUUUUUUUUUAACUUAAUUUUGAACUUUUUAAAGCUUAUUUUAAAACUUUUUUUAAUGUUAACCCUUAAUUAGUCUAACACCAAAUCCCCCAAUUCCCCACUAACUUCCACCCACCCCAGCUAGCUAAAUUUAUAAUUUUAAAAUACUUAAAUUAAUUAAUAAAAUAAAUUUAACCCCCAAGGGUUAAAAAAAAAAAAAGAAUUAACAAAAAAUCAGAUCAUAGUAAAAUGUAAUCCCUGCCAAUUGAUCACUGUAGUUAGUGAUCAAUUGGCAGGGAAGGGGUUAAUUUUUUUAUUAAAAUGGGGUGAAGGGGGGUGGGAUUUUAAAUUAACUUUAUUUUAUUUUUUCUAACAGGGACAAGAUCAGUGAUGAUCCGUUUCCCUGCACUUCACAGUGAACCUGGAAGUGCAGGGAGGUGGAAGGUGAGUAUACUGAGCACAUGUGCUCGCUCUGACAGGCUGUCAGAGCAGGCACCGGUGCUGGGGCAGCGAGAUCGGGUGCUCCUGGUCUGCCUAUAACACAGAGGCAGACCGGAGCACUAUUAACGCCGCGAUCACGGCGAUCUGGGAUUAAUUUUACCGCGUGAUGGACAAGGUCCAUCACUCGUCAUUAAGGGUUCCCCCUGAGUGACGGACCUCGUCCGUCACUCGUCAUUAAGGGGUUAAUAGACCACACCCCUACUAUUGUUAUUAUUAUUAUUUAUAUAGCGCCAUCAGAUUCCGUAGCGCUGUACAAUGGGUGGACUAACAGACAUGUAAUUGUAACCAGACAACUGGACGUACAGGAACAGAGGUGUGAAGGGCCCUGCUCAAUGAGCUUACAUUCUAGAGGGAGUGGGGUAUAGUGACACAGAGGGUAAAAGUAGGGGUACGAAGUAAGUUGUUAGAAAAGUAUUCACUGAGGGCUUAGUAGGUAAUUUUUGACAGUUGCAGGAGAGGAGUCAUGGAGAGUGGGGGAUAAAUAACUGCUAACCGUUUAAUUGAUAUGCUUUCUUGAAGAAGUGAGUUUUCAAUGAUUUUUUGAAUGAGUGGAGACUGGGUGAAAUUCUUACGGAGGAGGGAAGGGAGUUCCACAGAAGAGGUGCAGCCCUGGAAAAGUCUUGGAGGCGAGCGUUUGAGGUGGGAGUACGGACAGAGGAUAUACGUAGGUCUUUGGCAGAGCGUAGGGUCCUCGACGGGACAUACUUGUCUAUUAGGGAGGAUAGGUAGGUUGGAGCAGCAUUAUGUAGGGACUUGUAAGCAAGCACCAGAAUGUUAAAUUGAGCCCUAUUUCUAACUGGGAGCCAAUGGAGGGACUGACAGAGCGGGGAGGCGUGGAAUGUGCGAGUACUCAAUUCUAUUUAUUUAUUUAUUUAACAAUUGUUACAUAACUCAAAAGAAAAUGCCAGUGCAGUAUUUUGGGGCGAUGGGUUCAAGUACACUUCUGUAACGUUGGUGUUGGUUUAACUUAGUGCUAAAGUGUCUCCUCUGAAAGAGAUAAAUGCUAAAAAAAAAACAGUCAAACAACAUAUAAAAUUACCAUAUGUGCAAAAGUUUUUAGUACCAGAGAUAACUUUACACAUUUAGAAAAAUUUCCCACUAUAUUACAGCUUAUUUCUGUAUCCAACCAGUGGUGCUAAAAUGCAUACCAUCUUGGUAGCUGAUGUUUUUGUGAAAGAAUAUACAUAGGAGAGCUUAUCUUCCUUUGUCUUCAUUACUGUUCUGUGUCACUUUGUAGGUUUAUUUUGAAGACGAAGAGUCGGAAUCCUUCUACCAGGUAGAUCCAGAGAAGACACUAUUAGAAGCCUUGCAGCACAAACGGUGAGGAUACAUGGUCUGAUUCAGGGAUUUCUUGGCAGGGACACAUGUGACAUACAUAACAUUGUUUUGAAAUAUAUUUAACAUAAAAUGCAUUUAGCAAAACACUUUUAUUAGACAGUACAGUAAGCAAUUUAUUGUAGCCAGUUUCAUGGGCAUCCAACCACUGGAUAUCUCCUAUUGUUUCCUUACAUAAAUUAACCUUAGCGGCGCGAAGAGCUCUAGCACAAACAUGGCUUCAAGCAGAUGCCCUCUCCCCCUCCCCCCCAUCUCUGUAGUAAUGCAUAAAAUAAAAGAUACCUGUCUCAUGGACAGACUGACUGCAAUAACUCGGGCAUCCCUCAAGAAAUACGAAAUGAUAUCGGAACCUUGGCUGAAUAAUGACAUAGAUGAUUGAGCGGGGUGGGCAUCGCGGACUUCACAUCCGCCAUGAAGGAUCCCCUCAGUGGCCUCUGGCUCACUGCCAUUUGGACCUCCCAAAUGCUUUCCCCCUGCCUGUCCUGUUCCCUUCUCUCCUCACCCCCCCCCUUUUUAUUUUUUUAUUUUUUCUCUAUCCCCCCUCCCUGCCGCCACAGACUAUUUGAACUUUGAGACUUGCCCACCACCGGACGGCUCUCUUUUCUUUCUCUUCCCUCUCCUUUUUUCCUGACCCUUUUCAUUUGACUGUCUAUCGGAGACACGGAUGCACACGCCCGCCACCAGGAAACCGCCUCUCGAAGGCAUGGAUAUCACUCAAAACCAUGCUUACUCAGAAGAAUGUAACCUGAUUACCGGCAUCUGUGUCUCCUAUGUUCGCUAAGCUUCCCUAAUUAUAAUCUACUUCUAUAAUUUAUGGCAGACAAGCUAUUAUCAUAAAUGAGUUGUACAACAAAGAUAAAAACUAUGUUUAUAACCUAUACAGAGUGGGAAAAAAACAUGUAAAGAAGUCAACAAUCUGUUCACUACCUCCCUUUGCUCCUUAUAUGUACCGGGUGCUGUGACACCCCCGAAUUUUUCAACCUAGUGUCGAUGCAAAUGUUUCCUUUUAUGUCUGUCUUGUAUUGCAUUGUUAUUCUAUGACAAAAUAAAAAUAAAGAAAAUAUAUAAAAAAUAAAAUAAAAAGACAAAGUACUUCCUACUAAGUUUUAAAGAAAGCUAGAUCAUAAAAGAACAUAUUCUGAGAUAGGAAGUAUUCUUUAAACUAAACAGGAACUAGAAAACAGAGCGUAUCACACACGCUUCCAAAAUAUUAAUAGUACCCACGUGGAUCAAAACGGGACUACUGGUUUAAGCCCCUACCACUCGUAACCAAAAAUACAAAAUAUGCAAUGUAUGAGAAGCCGUACCAAUGUCAAUAAAUGUUUAUUACUCUGAUGCCAACAGCCGUUGUGGCUGAGCGAAAUUUUAUGUUUCCUUCUGCAUAACCUAAAUAAAGAAUUUAAAAAAUAAAAAAAUACUUAUAUUAGAAUAUAAAUCCUAAUUAUUAAGCUGCUCCCCAAACUGUUUCUGCAUCCUUCUUGCAUAUAAAACAAAAAUAUAGUCAGUGAGUGCUUACAAUUGGGAUACGUGAAUCGCUCCACUGACUAUAGUUGUAUUCUUUACAAUAUGUUGUAAACUUUUCCUUUUUGCCGUCCUCAGGUUUCGUGUGAAAGCAGGAAUGCCAUCAUUUUUAAUCUUCGUGAAAGAUUCAGCAUUUUGCAUCAAUUAUUUCUCUGGCCGGAAAGUUUACAAAUUUACCUGAGUUCAAGAAUUAUACUGCGUAGAGACCAAACUCUAUGGACUAAUGUUCUUCAUAAUGACUGUAUUUCUAACGGGAAUUAAAGAAGGAACAUUUACUUUUUACUCUGGGUCAUUCGGACCCGCAUGAAAACUUUUUUUAAAUCAUCGUACAGAGCUGCAGAAUACGUUGGCACUAUAUAUAAAUAAUUUAUAAUCAUUCUGUUUGGUUUUGGGAUAUUUAAAAAAAAAAAAUAGAUCCCAUGACCGCCACAAGAAACUGUAUGCUUUGUGUUUUUUUUGGUUUGGUUUUAGGAAAGCUGAAGGAAAAUACAAAAGGGUUAUAGAUAUGAAAGGCAUUCAGGACCAUUCUUGUAUCUUAGGGUUUUGGUUUUUUUUUGCUCACCCCCUCCUUCCUUCCCAUGCAAAGAUAUUUUAAGUUUUGGAAAUUGUGUUAUGUUUGCAUUAUAUGCUGGUGGAUUUAUGUUGUGUCUGCACUAUUCCUUUUAAACUGGCCUAGCAAGGAAUACUUCCUUUAUUUCUUAACGCAUCUACCGGAGUACGCUGUACAUACUUUAUAAUGAAGUAUUUUGAUGCUCUUGCUUGGAUUUGUGAAGUUUCUAAUGUUUCUGUUGCACAUGCUUCAUGGUAUCCAACUUUCAUGAGAAACCAAGAAAUAAAAUCUUAACAUGUAAUCAAGGAACAGCCAGAACAAUUCUGGAUAUAUAUAUAUAAACGCCAAAUGCGUAAUGCAUGAAAAGCUAAAUAUCAGUAUUCUAGAUAAUAGAAUAAGAUACCCAUACAUUCAAACCCACAAAUGCAAAUACAUAUAGAAGAAAAUAUAGCAAUGUGUACCCAUUGAAUAAAGAUUUUUUUUUUUGUAUGUAGACAUUUAUGGUUGUGUGCCUUACUCAAUUUGUAUUUGGGGAUAGAGCCUCAUGUAAGUGAGCACCCUACAUCUCACCAUCAUAGGGCUCCAUUUGGGGCUGGUUUGCAUGUUUCAUUGGAGUGCGCCUACCUUGUUCUAUUUUUUACUAUCGUUGGAGUGCAU